AUGAGAGUUUCUCAUCCAUUAGCUCUGCAAGGCUUCUCCUCUUUUGGAGCUGUCCACGGCUUGACUGCCGAAGACUGCAGCUCCUUGGCAAGCCGUCUAAACCUCCCAGACUCGACAAUUCACGAAACAACCUUCAUAUCAGCUGGAACGAAUAUCUCGCUUCCGGACAAUCACCCAUCUUGCGCCAUUCCCUACCAAGUUUCUGAUGUCAACAUCUGUCGCGUCGUGUUUCUUACAACCACCGGGCCAACAAGCAAUAUUUCCCUCGAAGCUUGGCUGCCUCUCGAGUGGAGCGGGCGUUUCUUGGGCACAGGAAAUGGCGGUAUGAACGGUUGCAUCAAAUACGGGGACCUGAACUACGGCGCAACGCACCAAUUCGCGACUAUCGGCACCAAUAACGGCCACGACGGUAUCUCCGGCGCCCCGUUCCUGAACAACCCCGGCGUCAUCGAGGACUAUGUAUACCGCGCUGUCCAUCUUGAAGCCGAGCUCGGUAAAGCUAUUGCCGAAGAAUUCUACGGCAAGAAGCAUACCAAAUCUUACUACUUGGGCUGUUCCACCGGUGGAAGGCAGGGCUUCAAAGAAGCCCAGACGUUCCCCGAGGACUUUGACGGAAUCGUCGCUGGGGCGCCAGCCUUUGAUCUCAUUUCACUCAUGUACUGGACCGGCCAACUAUUCAUCAAGACUGGAUCGAAUGAGACUUCAAGGUUCCUCACGCCGGCUCAAUGGGAGCUGGUCAACGCGGAUAUCCUAAAGCAAUGCGACGGCUUGGAUGGUCUUGAAGAUGGUAUUCUCGAGGAUCCUAGCCUUUGUCAAUACCGGCCAGAGGGACUCAUCUGCUCCGAGGGACAAACAGACUGCUUGACCGGGGAACAAGCAGCGACGGUUCGAGCCAUCUUCUCCCCAGUUUACGGUCUGGAUGGGCAGUUCAUCUACCCAAGGCUUCAGCCAGGCUCAAAUGCCACCGAAAGACUCCUCAACGGACAACCUCAUCAGUACCCCAGUGAUUGGUGGCGAUAUGUCGUUUACAACGAUACUGAAUGGGACCCUGCGACUCUCGGCCCUCAAGACUAUGCCGUUGCUUCGAAACAAAACCCGUGGAAUGUGGCAACUUGGGAAGGUGACUUGUCGGCAGCAAAGGAGCGUGGAGUUAAGAUCCUGCACUAUCACGGUCUACAGGACAACGCGAUCAGCAGUGAUAACUCUGAGCGGUACUACGACUAUGUCUCACGCACGAUGAGCCUUUCGUCAACAGAGCUCGACGAAUUCUAUCGGUAUUUCCGCAUCUCUGGCAUGGCUCAUUGCCGGGGUGGAACCGGUGCCAGUAUGAUCGGUGGCAACCCCGAAAGCUUUGCGUCUUACCACUCGGACGCCAAUGUUCUGGCUGCAAUUGUUCGAUGGGUUGAGGAAGGAGUUGCACCUGACUACAUACUCGGUAGCCGACUGACAGCAUCCGGGGAGGUUGACUUGCAGAGGAAGCAUUGCAAAUACCCAGCUCGUAAUGUCUUCACAGGCAAGGGAGACCCGGCCAACGCCGACAGCUGGCAAUGUGUAUGA